UCACAGUGCUUAUCACGGUGUCAUGACAUCAUGACAUCACAGUGCAUCUUUUGAUGUUCCUGACCCUGAGAGGGAGCCUGCUGAUGCCCAGACAGAUCCUAGGUGGAGCCCCGGGAAAAGUCCUGCGGAUCCAAGAUGCUGAGCGAGAGCUGGGUGAAGAAGAAAAGCUUUCCCUUGUUGCUACUGUUAUUGUUGCUGCUAAUCUGGAUUAAGUGUUCGCUCUAAAUCAAGAAAAUCAACUCAAUCGACCGAACCCCAGGAAGCUGACGCCUAAAAUCAGGGAGGACAGGCCCACGGAACGACAAGAAUCUAAUGUGAACCACAACGAAGAUUGGUUUAAAUAGCGCAAUAAGAUCAUCCAUCACUACUAAAAUCCAAAAGGCUUUAUACCGCUUUCACCAGAAGGGAAGUUAUUACAGUACUCCAGUCAUCCAAAUGCCAGUCUCAUGGCAGACAUUCCAUUGAAAAGUUCCACCAUCACACCAGGAGGAGUGACCCAGUGUGCCCUGGACUCACCCAACCUGCUGCUGGAAUUGCAUUUGGGAGUAGAGGAAGCCCAGGUCACAUCCUGGAGGACGGAGUGAAGCCGGUUCUGGAGCUGAUUGCCGUUCAUGGCAAUCAUGGCUGAUUGCCCUGACGAUAGCCCUCCGGGGACGGGUCGAGCUACAGCCGGAAGCUGUGGAGCACAGUCGUUGGUGGGAUUUAUGGAUUACAAUUUUUCAGAAAUUUGCUCUCAGUCUUCAGCAGCCAAAUCCCUCUUUCCCGCCUGUUCCAUGGGCACCGGCACGAGCAGGCUGUACGACACUCUGUCCAAGACGGUGGGCCCCGACCCCGAUCCCGGUUCCAGCCCGCAGCGCACCGGCUACCUGACGGUGGAUCUGGGGCUGCCGGACUCCCUGGACCCCCAGGAGCUCCUGGAGGAAUGCCGGGCGGUGCUGCGGACCCGGCCCCCUCGCUUCCAGCGGGACUUCGUGGACCUGAGGACGGACCUGACCAGCAGUCACCGGCCCAUCCGGGUCAUGCAGUGGAACAUCCUCGCGCAAGCUCUCGGGGAAGGCAAGGACAACUUUGUGCAGUGUCCGGCGGAAGCGCUCAAAUGGGAAGAGAGGAAGUGCCUCAUCCUGGAGGAGAUCCUGGGCUACCAGCCGGACAUCCUGUGCCUGCAGGAGGUGGACCACUUCUUUGAUACCUUCCAGCCCCUGCUGAGCCGACUGGGCUACCGGGGCACCUUCUUCCCCAAGCCGUGGUCCCCCUGCCUGGACGUGGAGCACAACAACGGGCCGGACGGCUGCGCCCUGUUCUUCCUGCGGGACCGCUUCGAGCUGGUGGAGAGCACCAACAUCCGGCUGAUGGCCCUGACGCUGAAGACGAACCAGGUGGCCAUCGCCCAGACCCUGCGCUGCCAGGAGACGGGCCGGCUGUUCUGCGUGGCCGUGACCCACCUGAAGGCCCGCACGGGCUGGGAGCGGCUCCGCUCGGCCCAGGGCUCCGACCUCCUCCGGAACCUGUGCGCCAUCACGCGGGGGGCCGAGAUCCCCCUCAUCGUCUGCGGGGACUUCAACGCGGAGCCCACGGAGGAGGUCUACCGGCACUUCGCCACCUCCAGCCUCAACCUGAACAGUGCCUACAAGCUGCUGAGCUCCGACGGGCAGACGGAGCCCCCCUACACCACCUGGAAGGUGCGGGCCUCGGGCGAGGCCCGGCACACUCUCGACUACAUCUGGUACUCCCAGCGCGCCCUGCGCGUGGAGUCCGCCCUGGGCCUGCUCACCGAGGAGCAGAUCGGCCCCAACCGGCUCCCGUCCCUCCAUUACCCCUCCGACCACCUGUCCCUGGUCUGCGACUUCGGCUUCAGGGAGGACCCGGCCCCUCCCGAGGUCCCGGCCCGAACGUCCGACCGGGGGAGCCCGAGGGAACCGCAGUAGGGAGGGUGGCCGGAGGGUGCGGGGCUGGGGGAGGCGGAGCCGACGGGCGGUCCCGCCGCGGUCGAGCUGGGCCCGGGGAGGGGCCGCUCCGCGGAGGGCGCGGACUUUUGAUUAAAGCCUCCGGCCCGGAAGGGGUUCGGCAGCCCGGAUCUGGCUUCUGUUUGGGUUCUUUUCCCUCAGCGUUUCUUGAAAUCUCCCCCGGUUUUCUUCCCAAAGUUUGUGUCGGAGGACCCGACUCCGUUCUCGUCCUGCUGGAGUAGGCCGUGAGCUGGGCGGCGGGCAGAGGGUGCGCUUUGCGUGUGUGCUGUUCGGGGUGGGGGUGAGGUGGAGGGUGUAUGAGUAACUGGCCCUGCUGGCACUCUUCAGCUUCAUUUGUGUUGAGGUCUUUCUUGAACGUUAAAGGAAUGUGCACGGAUAACGUUUGUGUUUUUGUUUAACUUGUAUCUCAGUGAAAACGACAAACGUCUGACACUGGGGAAUCACUAAGCGCUUCUGAACAAUUCAGAGACGUUGGGUGACGUCAUCGGGGGGUUUUCGCGGUAACUGUAUAAAGUCAAGGUUUGGGGAGGGGCGGGAAGGGGUCGUAAAGGCCAGACAGUGCUGAUGCAACAGGCCGACUGACGUUCGGAAGAGAGCGAAGAGCAGCGGCCUCCACGCUAUCUUACAGAUCGUCAGGCGGCUCAGGGUCGGUGUGUCCGUGCCGACGGUCGCCUCUGCCCCCUUGCCCCAGUGGCCCCGGCAUCGGGCACCUGCCUUCCCCCAGCGUCCUGCCUUCCCCCAGCGUAGGCACUCCGUGCUGGAUGUUCCCCGCCCACCCUUUUGAUAAGCCACCUUUUUUUUUCUCGUCCAUUUUACCCCCUCCCCAGUUUUUGAGGUAACUCAUCCAAGAGGCCUCGCGUACCAUUUGGGGAGAAGCAACAGUGAGUUUGCGCGUGUGCUCUGUUCGGGUAGGUCUGCUGGGCUAUCGCCGAGCGGCUUCGGCCGUAGCCUUUACCCUCACCCCGGCUUCCAGCCUGGAGCAGUCGAGGAGCUCCCGGUCGGCACAGGGUCACGGUAAUAAAGAGGGCGGAGGUGGCCUGCGGCCGCCCUCUCUCAACUAGCGAGGAGUCCGGGUAGAGCUGGCUAGGAGGGGCUGAUCUGGAGGGAAAGGUUGUGGGUCCCACAGUGUCGAUCUGCCGAGUUGUAAAUAUUCAAGAGGAAUAAUAAAUAGCAUUUAAAAGUAA